GUUUAUUAGAAAUAACAGGUCUCUUCUGAAAAUAAUUUGGGGGGGCCAAACCGUAAAUUUCCUUUAAGUUACCUUUCAACUCUCUGAUUCCCAGUUUUCUUCUUAUAAUUUCUCACUCUCUCCAACACAGUUCCAACAUCUUCUCUCUGAUUCCCAGUUUUCUUCUCACAAAUUUCUCACUCUCUCCAACAUCUCCUCUCAAUGGCUGACAGUGAUUACAUUCCUCGUUUCUGCAAAGUUUUCAUCUCCCAUUGCAGCUCAGACUCCUUGCUCAUCCCGGUUUCCUACUAUGAUGAGUUGCCACGCCGUUUGCCUAAAACGGCGCUUCUCCAAGGAACCGGUGGCGGCUUUUGGAAGGUCGAGUGGAUGAAGAAGCGAAAUGAAGUGUACUUUGGACAGGGCUGGUCCAAAUUCGUGGAGGACAAUUCACUUACCAGCGGUGACUUUAUGACCUUCGUGUACAAUGGAGACCGCAUCUUCGAGGUCAGCAUCUACGGCGCUGAUGGAUGUAAAGAGGUUAGAGCAGUUGCUGAAGUGGAGGAUGUCGAAGAAGACAGUGUUUUGUCUCUAAGCAGCGAUGAUGACACAGAUACAACAGUCCUGAGAAACACAAACAAUGGAAAGUCGAGAGUGGGAACUGCGGAGGAGUCUGAUGACGAGGAAGACAGUGUUUCUACUGACACUGAAGCAGUCUCUCGUUCGAAGAUGGCGAAAACAAUCACGAGAAGCAGAAACAAAGUCACUCGUGUCACACCAAAUGUGAAGAAGACUCUGCAGAAGAAGAAAGGUGGAAGCUCAACAAGGACGAAGAAAGAAAUGUUUCCUCCUUUGUUAUCUAUAACAGCAAAGCCCAUGAUCAAAGACCCGGAGGCGUAUUUGGAUGAUCCAACGAACAUUCAUUUCGAGACUGCGAUGAAGAAUAGGAAAUUCGAGCUGUUGAUUAAUGCACAAACGGUGAAGGAUUAUUCCUUGGAGUUUCAAGACAAGGUUCUGUACAUCGACAAUCACAAAGACGGGAAUCUUGAAGCGAAAGCGUUAAAGUGGGGGGAUCAGCGUGUGUGUAUCAAAGGUUGGAAAGUCAUCUGCAAGAGGAACGAAUUGACCGAAGGGGAUCGAGUCUUGUGUGAGCUCUUUCGCCAAGGACGUUUGGUUUAUGCUGUGAAGCUUCACAUCGUGAGGGAAAAAGACCUGUAAAACGUCUUUUCUUUCAGAACUAUGCCAGAGAGAGAGAGAGAGAGAGAGAGAGAGAGAGAGAGAGAACUUGGCUGGUCGAUUUCAAAAAACUUGUUUUGAUUUUAUUAUGUCUGUUGGACUACUGUUUAUGCAUUCGUGUCAUCAUCGUCUUUAAAACGUUAUUAGGGGUUUGGAUUUGGUCAUCUUUAUAAAUCAGUAUUUUCAUAAUUAAAUUUCUUUUACCUGUUCUGCUUUUAUUAUCAUAUAGACCAUGCUAAGUUAGUUAAUCCAUUGCACUCAGUUACA